AAGCACUUGCCGAAAUGGUGAUUUUCCCAUUCCUGUGCUGGUACUCACAGAUGUUGACGCACCCAGUUGAGAUCUCUAACAGUCUAUUGAGUGUUGGGAUUUCCAGAUAUCCUGUGGAGAGCACACAAAAAGGACAAGCCUCCCACCCCCAGUCUCAUAACACACCGUUACAAGAGAGCCUGCAGGGAGAAAAACUCAUCACUUAGAUUAAUUUGUUGACAUCUACAGACGGACAGACAGACAGACAGGAUGAUUGUGGGAAAACUCCUGUUCACUGUAAGAGCCACACUGAUGCUGCUCUUGUUAGAUCAGAGCCGAGGUCUGGAAUGCCAGCAAAUAACAGUGGACCCCCCUGAAGAUGUGAUGAUAUUUGACCCAGGUCAACUUGGAUUUCUCCAAAUUCACUGGAAACCUCCACUCAGCUUGCUUCAUGCCACAGAAAGCCACAAGCGAUUUCAACUGGAAUACUUCAACACUUUCCAGGACAGUUGGACUGCCAUCAGGACCACUAAGACAACAUACAGUGCCCUGUUUGAUCUGACGAAAGAGGUCAGGGUCAGAGUGUACACCUUACUGAAAGGACCCUGCACGAAUGGCUUAGAGGUCAUGAGCUCACGCUACACUGAAGUUGUUAAGACCCCCGUCUCUUCUGGUGUUGAGGGCACAAUGGUCCAAAAUUUCACCUGCAUUUUCCACAAGAUGGAGUACAUUGAGUGCAACUGGGAGAAAGGCCCAGUACAGCCAGUCAACUCACAACAGAGUCUCUAUUACUGGCACAUGGAACUGGGACAAGUUGAGGAAUGCCCAGAAUAUAUUGUCUCUAAUGGAGUCAGGCAUGGUUGUAAUUUUACAUGGAAAUCUCUCCCUGAUUUCACUGAUAUAAACUUCUGCGUGAAUGGCUCUUCUCCUGAGGGACCACUGCUGCCAGCUUACCUCUACCUCCAGAUUCAGAACUAUGUUAAGCCUGCAUCCACAAAGAAGUUGUAUCUGCAGACAGAUGCAGACAAGCAGCUAAAGUUGCACUGGGAAGACCCAGAUGGGAGGGUUCCCAGACACUGCCUGCAGUGGGAGGUGGAACACAGCCAAGAGAGAACUAAUGGAAGCCAUUUGGUGGAGAAGAGUUUAACCAGGGAGAUGAUGCUGACUAAGUUCCCCAUGUAUGGAACGAAGAGGAACUGCUUCAGGGUCCGGUGCCAGAUGCAUAAGUAUUGUGCUACUGACAGCUUCUGGAGUGACUGGAGCCAAUGGACCUGUCACAUAAACAAGAAGAAAAAUGGUGACGGAAAGAAGUGGAAUGCCGUCAAGGUCAUGCCCAAGGAUGGAAAGAAGUCUUAAAAUGUGUUUGCCAGUAAAUCAAGUGCUACAGCGGCAGAGCACGAAAAAGCCUGAUGAAAUGUUCAUCUUCAAGACACCUGAUAAUCUAGAGGCCUCAGUUCAGUUCAAAGGACCACCGCCGAAUGAUGCACAAGGCCUCGGUCCUCUCUUAUAUUGCAUGCUCUGGUGCAGUCUCAAAGUGUCAAAUGAUGUGUUUGGCAAUAGUCCGUGUAUUUAGAUUAUGGACACUAUGUGAGUUUAUAUAACCUUUUGCAGGAGCGGCUGUUACUAACAAUAUUUAAUGUUAAACGGCUGGGAGGACUACAAAUAUCAGUUGAGCUGUCAAAAUACAUAUACACGCGCGCGCGCAUGCAUGCACACUAGCACACAUGCACACGGGGCAUUACAAGGAUUAUAGACGGUACACCUUCCAGACUAUAUCGUUAACAUUUUCCCUGCUAUAGCUUGUACGUGAUGAUAAAUGUGUUCGCUAAAGUUGGCCGGUGUGUGGAAAUGUUACACUGUGGCAGCCCGGUAUCACAGCAGUUCGUAAAAUCAUCACGACAAUCUAUUGAUUCGUGUACACGGACACAAAUUUUGUUUUUGUUUUUUCGUGACACUCAGCAUGACUUUCAAACUCUCUGAGGAUCAUGGGUAGGCUAACGUAGCCUUCCACUAUUGAAACCGACCGAAACAAGCUUGAUUUCUCAGAAUCGAAGGGGAAAUAAUGAAAACGGAUGGGCGUAACAUUAGCCUGUCAUAUUGCUGAGGUAUCAAGGACACGUUGGUGUUUUUGUGUUGAGAAAUGUUAAAGAUGUCUUUAAAAUCCACAGAUCUAUCCUCUCCGGCCCUAACCCUAACCUACAUAUACGGCUUCUGUGCUCCGGAAUCCCGAUUGACAGAAAAAGGGGAAAGAAAAAAAAAAGUGGUGCAGACACGAAACAGCCAUCGAUUAAUCAUUCGUGACUAUGACACGAAAAGACAUGAUACCGGGUUGAUUGUAGACCAUCACGCCGUUAUUAAGGACUUUACUUUCUGUUGCAUGUUUACUUUUUGCCACAACUCUUGCCAGUUAUUGUAGUAGACAAUGUAGGAGAAUUUGAUGUAGCACUUCGUAUAACACAUUUUGUAUUCAUCGUUCGGAGAUUUGUGUUGAAGAAUGAUUAUAUUUAAGGGGUCUUCACAUUUUGUGCCAUUAUAGUCACUAAACGGACCCAUUUUUGAUGGCAUAACUGCUCAAUGUAGUCAUAAUAUUUCCUAUGAUAGAACUGUAAUGCACAGUUGCAAAAUAUGUGUCAGGUAUUGUGAUGCCACAGCUCUUGCUGGUUGACUAAGGUGUAUUUUUGCAUUGCUCUGUCUGUACAGCUGAACAAAGCUGCAAAACAUCGCUGCUGUAUUCAUCAAAGUAAAAA